AUGUCUUUGAAUAACUACGCAACCUAUCCUGGCCAAUUCCCUCCGGUUGUCAUCAUCACGGGCAGUAUUCCUUUAGAUUUGAAAGCAGCAUCGAUCGCUAUAGCAUUUCAUCUCUCCAAUGGUUAUGACAUUCGAUCGGCAAAUUUUGAUACUACAACAUUCUUAUAUACAUUGGUGAAUUCCCAUUUGUUAUUCAUGACACCAAAUGAAUACGCCCAAAAACUCAGUGAGGCAACAAAGUCUUCGAGCUUCUACAUUGCAACUACAUAA